AGAAAUUUUGGGUGUUUUGGUUGUUCUUUUGGUUCAAAAAGUAAACAAGAAAGUUAUAGACCCAAGUGGUUGUAUAUGAUGUGGUUUUGUUGCAUUUUCUUUUCUUCACUCUCUGUUUGGUUUCCGAGAACAUGGACAAAAAGAAAAGGGAAUGGAAUUUUGGAUCUAUUGUUUCAUUAUCUUGUUUUGGUUUUCGGGAGUUAGGAAAAGAAAGAAAACUCAUAAAGGCAGUUUAAUUGUAUUAAGUGAGGUUUUCUUGCACUUUCUUUUCGUUCUAUAUCGUCUGUUUGGUUGAUGAGAAAACGGAGAAAAUUAGGAAACGAAAAUUUUAAUCUGUUGUUGGGUCUUGUAGUCGUUUUUUUCCCGAAAAAUAGGAAAAAGAACUAAGAGAGCCUAUCUUAUCAAUGAGACGAGGCAAAGGGAAAAAAAUAUGGCCAUGCACGGGGAUGGGGGAGUAGCUUCUCAUGUUGAAGGCAGGACCCGGGAACCGCUUUACCAUUGGAGGCGGGAAAAAGGACAGAAAGAAGGUUGAAAAAAAACGGAUUGAAGGGGUGAAGAAAGGCAUUCAAGGAUUUAAUAGGUGAUGUGACCUGAAAAGUGCUAAAUGAUGAACAAGGAUUCAUUUAUCCGAUACAAAGUAUUUGGUAUCCGGGGUUUGCUGACUUGAGUUUCAUGGACUACUAGAUUGUGGAUUUUGCUGGUGUUUUUGUGCUUGUUUUGGAUUUUGGGAAAGUUUUCUUUGGAGGUUUUUAGUAAGAAAAGUACAUCUGACCAUGGAUCAUGAAUCAUGUUAGAUUUUUAGGCAUUUCAAGAACCUUGUCUGUUCCAAUCUAAACAGGACCCCAGCUAUCCCAACCUACUUAUCCAACUAUUCAAGGCAUCAUUUUGGAACUCAUUGCAAUUAAACUGUAUGAUCCCUGUGCCUUAUCAGUGUUAGUGACACUACCAUUGUACAUCUCCGAAGAGGAGUCUGGGUCCUUUUUCCUGAUAUCCAAAAUGCUUAAAUGACACUGUUCUGUCCAUGUUUUUGUGAGAAGGGGAUAGAAAGGCAAUUAGGUAUAUAUGAGGCUACACCAACAUGUGUUUGCAAAGAGAUUACUGGACUGCAUGUUGCUGUUGUUGAUAUUUCUAAGCACAAUUGUUUUAUCUUUUUGAGUAGGUCUGACAAGGUAGUAAUAGAUGUCAAGAAAAGAGGUGGAUAUAACAAGUUAUGCAGCCUUUCUCCCCAACUUCAAAAAAUUGUUGGAGCUGCUGAAUUGACCGGGCCUCAGGUUGUAAAGAAAUUUUGGACAUAUAUCCAGGAGAACAGCUUACAAGAUCCAAAGAACAAUAGAAAUAUAAUCUGUGAUGAAUCAUUGCAGGAGCUGUUUCACGUCGAUUCUAUCAACAUGUUUGAAAUGAACAAAGUCUUGUCAAAGCAUGUUUGGCAACUAAAUGUUGAAGAUGGUAUUUCUUUGAACAAAACUAGUUUUCAUGUUUACAAUAUGUGUGAAUACAUAUGCCUUUUAUCUUUUGUUUCUCUAUAUUGACUUGUUUCCUUCUAGGCCAUGUUUGGAAUGUUGGAAUAGAGAAUGAGAAAUCAAUUCCUCGUAUUCAUUAAUGUGUUUAGACUUUUUUUUAGAA